AUGCUUGUGAUUAUCCUUUUAGUCUGUGUUUCUUCGGUAAAGAGUACCUAUUUACAACCAACACCAUGUAUAAGCAGAAACUACGGAAACGGUGGUACUGUUUGCGUUUGCAAUUGUUCGUACUGCGACAGCAUCCCUAGACCGACCAGAACACACCCAUCUCAAUUCUUAGUCUACACUUCCAACCUCGAAGGGUUACGAUUCCAACAAUCUAGGGGUCGUUUUAGACCUUUGGAGAGCUGCGAAAGCCACGUGGACGUAGAUUCUUCUAGCAAAUUUCAAACUAUAUUUGGGUGGGGAGGGGCUUUCACGGACGCUACAGGGAUAAACAUCCAUGCGUUACCAAAAGACACCCAAGAAGUGUUACUACGACAAUAUUUCUCAGAAAGUGGUAUCGAGUAUAGUUUGUGUCGAGUACCGAUGGGUGGUACCGAUUUUUCAGUACGUGCUUAUUCGUACGAUGAUGGUGAUCCAGAUCCCCUACUGCUCAAUUUUAAACUAGCUCCUGAAGACCACGUUUUCAAAAUUCCAUACAUAAAAAGGGCUAUGAAAUUGACGGGUCACAAACUUCGUCUUUUUGGGUCAGCAUGGACCGCUCCCAAGUGGAUGAAAACCAACUACAUGUACACCGGACUCGGAUUCAUCCGUAAGAGUAUGUACCAACCAUGGGCGAACUAUUUCGUGAAAUUCCUAGACGAGUACCGAAAAUUUGGUAUAAAUUUCUGGGGACUUACAACGGGAAAUGAACCCUUAGAUGCUUGGGUUCCCGGUGAAAAACUAGAAGUAGUGGGAUGGGCACCUCGGGAAUUAGGUACUUGGAUUAGAAACAAUUUAGGACCCACCAUCCGAAAUUCCAACUACUCAGAUACGAAGAUUAUGAUUCUGGAUGACCAGCGGAUAUAUUAUCCUUGGUACGUGGUCAUAGCUCUAGAAAAUCCUGUUGCUCGCAAAUAUGUAGACGGUUUUGCUGUCCACUGGUACACUGACAAGUACGACCCGCCUGAAGCUUUAACCAAGACCCAAGAAAUUUUUCCAGAGAAGUUUAUUCUAGCAACAGAAGCAUCUAAUAUUCCUGGUCAAAACGAAUCCGCGGUACAACUUGGUUCUUGGGAAAGAGGUGAAAAUUACUCGGCUGACAUAAUUGAAGACGUACUCAACUGGGUGACUGGUUGGGUGGACUGGAACAUGGCCUUAAACCCACAAGGUGGUCCCAACUAUAUCCAAAAUUUUGUCGAUUCGCCGAUAAUAAUCAACGGAACGAGUAACGAAUUUUACAAGCAACCUAUGUUUUACCAUUUGGGUCACUUUUCUAAAUUCGUACCAAGUGGAUCAGUCAGAGUCGGUACUGAAGUACGCAGAUCGAGGGUGGAAGUUGCUGCAUUUGGAAGACCCGAUGGUGGUACUGCUGUGGUUUUGUUAAAUAGGAAUGAAGAAGGAGUAAUCUUAAAUGUAAAAGAUAGUUCAAGAGGAGUCGCCCAGGUGAAAAUUAGUCCGAGAUCAAUCAGUACCCUGUUGUAUUGGUAG